AUUUUUCGCACUACGUCAACCGACAGUGGUCCUGCGCCAGUGUCGAACGGAAAAUGUUGGCGUUCACAACAACGACGGGGCCGCUACUGUGCUGCUACUGAGCCGAUCAUCUUAAUUUUAUUUUUCCCCCUUUUUGCCUGCAAACGAAAUUCGAUCACUGCUCACCGGGAGCUGUCGCUGGUUUAACGUUAUUAUUUUCGUAUCGUGUUGUGUGUUUUUUUAUAAUUGUUUGCUGUUGGUUUAGUUCCGGGUUUUUAAGUUACAUUCGAUCAGAUUCAUUCUGUUGGAAUUGUACUGCGGCUGCUGCUGCGUAACGUUUCCAAGAGGAAAGAGAGCAAGUGUCAGAAGAGCAAAAGGUAGUUCACCUGAGUCUACGUUUCCGUGCUGUGUCGUUCAACUUGAGUGCCAGUUUUUCAACACAAACGAACUGUUCAAACUCUCUGCCACUGAGUGUAUAGAAACCAAUAGCAGUGUGAAAGUGUUAAGAACCAGUGUCAUCAGCAGCCGCACACCAUGUCCAUGCAGGCACUGAACGGUGGUGGGCCACAGCGGCGCUCCUCUCUGUUACAGCGGUACCAACCGAAGGGAGGCUCGCAGGACCCGUUGACUAGCCCCGCCAUGGACACUCCGCCCAACAUCGUGAAGUCAACGAGCCAGCGAAGCCUCCAGAACUCGUCACUGUUGCAGCGCUACCAACCGAGACCUCUCGGUAGCCACGGAGCGAGCGGAUCAGUAAGGCCGGAGUCGGGCAGCUUUGCCGAACCGCCGAAAAAGUCCACCAGCCAGCGUAGUCUCGAUCAGUCGAAGCUGCUGCGCCGGUACUACCACCAGCCGAACUCGCUGGACGAUCAGCAGCAGCAGCAACACGAGUACGAAACUUCAUCACAGAAGGGAAGCGAUAUGCCACAGAACCACAGUGACGCCCAGCGGUACAGCAGCCAGAAGAGCCUGGAGAACUCGAAGCUCUUACAGCGGUACAACCCGAUGAACAACUCGCAGGAGUUUACUGGGCUCUCGGGACGGGAGAGCACACCGGUGGCGAAGUUUGCCCGUGGCGGCAGUCUUGAGCCGGAGCGAGUGCAACGAUCCUCACUGCUUUCGAAGUAUACGCCCCGGUUCGGCAAGUCACUGGAUCGUCGGGAAACGCUGGAAGCGGGUCGCGGACAUGCUGGGUACAGUAGCCAGCAGAACCUGCGCAGUCCGUCCGGUCCACCAAUGGCGCCGAGUUCGAUGUCCCAGAGUUUGGCCGGUUCGCAGAGCGAGUUCGCCGACUACGGGACGGACCAUUUCGACCAGUACACGAACAUUCGCAGCCGAUCGUCGAGCGUUUCGCGCGGCGGUUCUCGCCGUGGAGGGCUGCAGCGUGGUUCGCAGCGGAUGCUGUCAACCGAAUCGGAACCGGAUCCGAUCACGCCCGAAACGCUGCCAGUGGUGGCGGCAGUAGCAGAACCAGUGCCGGGCAAUAUUGCAUCCGCUCUGCCACUGCCGAUGUUGGGCGUGAUUCCACCGACUCCUGCACCGCUGGACGUUGGUAAGCAAGCGAGCUUUGCGCAACAGCAACAAAGCUUGGGUCCACCGAAACCGGAACAGCUGCAGCAGCCGGCUCCGGUGGCCACCGCACAGCCCGGUCCGACACCGCCCGUCAAGCCGGUGCGCAAAGAUCUGCACCCGAUGGCGGCGGCGGCGGCCGUCCUGCCACCGGCAACCAUCGUGAGUAUAGCCAUUCCCACCAUCACGAAGACACUCGCCGCACCAUCCGUCAAGCAAUCCGUCUCAUCAUCGAAAGAACCCUCACCGCCAUUGUUCAGCACCCGCGAUCGCAUGGAUCAUUACGGAAGCGCUUCCAAUCCCGACCCAUCACACGAACCCCAUCCCCGACCAUCGCCGACGCCGACGAGACGGACCAGCACGUGGACACAGUCGCCGAAGGGCACGAUGACGCUGCAGCUGCCGCUCAGCGACAUGAGCAGCCGGCGCAGCAUGACCGACCUGCAGCAGCUCGGGGGCCGCGGCUCGACCGGCAACCUGUCGUACGAGCUGUCGGACGUGUCGGAGUUUACCGAUCGGGCCGAGAUGAGGCAGCUGGCCGCCCAGCAUCACCAUCAUCCGGUGAAGCAUACGCUGGCGAGCGCGUUCGAGCAGCUGGCCGCCUUGACGAUUCCGCAGGCAAUGAAAACGGACGCCGAGCUGGACGAGGAGGAGCGCAUUGAAGCGAUCCCGCCCGAUCGGAAGCUCAAGAAGCGGGACUUUACCUACCAUCCUUCGUUUGUGCGCAAGCAGAAGCAGGAGAACCACCAGGAGGGUACGAACCUUUCCAUCCCUUCGGUGGACUCCCGACGCAGCACCAGCAGCGUGGGCAGCAAGUCGAAACAGCAAGAGGCGGAAGAGAAGCGUCUCAAAGCGGCCGAAGAGAAGCGCAAGCGGGACGAGGAGCGCCGGCAGAAGGAGGAAGACAAGCGGCGCAAGGAAGCGGAAAAGCGCGCACACGACGAGGCGGAAAAGCGCCGCAAGGAGGAGGAAAAACAUCUCAGAGAGGAAGGUGAGCGGCAACGGAAGGAGCUAGAUCGACGCCACAAGGAGGAAGAGAAACACCUCCGAGAGGAGGAGCGUCAUCAGCGCGAAGAGGAAGAGCGUCGCCGGAAGGAGGAGGAGCGCAAGCACCGCGAGGAAGAGAAGCGUGCCCGGGACGACGAAAAGCGCCGCUUGGAGGAGGAAAAACGAAAGGAAAAGGAGGAAAAGAAGCGACUUAAAGACGAAAAGAAGAAAAUGGCCGCUUCUGGUAAGGGUGCAGGUGCUGCCGGAAUGGUAGCGGAAGAGUCGAAGGCACCCGAGGAGGAGAUGAUCGAUCUGGCAAGCCAUCUCGAUCACUACAGUGUCGCUGCAUCGAAGCAGACGCAACAGGCACAGCGUAGCCUUUCGCUCGGUCGUCCACGUUCCGGUGGUACACCGUACGGUAGCCAGGGAGCGCUCGGAUAUUCAGCAGCUCGUGGUCUAUCCAACAGUCACCAGAGCUUAGAUCGUAACGGUUCCACCUCGUCUGUGCCGCGUCAGUCCAAGCUGCUGCAGCAGCGGUAUGGCCCGAAGGCUGGAUCGCAGGAGGUGAUCAGCAGCGGAACGUCCGAACCCGUGCGUGAUCUGCACCGAAGUCAGGGCAGCUUGGACUAUCGCAAAGCGAUGCGUCCCUCGCUGCUCGACAAGUACACGCCGCGUCCGUUGAGUGCAUCGACUGCGCCGGGAGCUGCGGCAGGAGCUGCCGGGCAGCCACGGUCGAUCAGUCAGCGUAGCUUGGAGGCCGGUGGCCGUCUCGAGAACUCGACGCUCUUGCAGCGCUACAAGGCGAAGGGUGAUACGGCGAGACUAUCGGGAUACGAUCAGUACGACCAUCGUGAUCACGAGUAUGAGCCUAUUGGUGAACCAGUCGAUACCUCCAAACCGUCCACGACCAAGGAUGGCCUGCUGGCCGUAUCCGGCCAGCCCGACGGCCAGGAGCGUAAGCAGUCCAACGCUUCGUUCCUGCGCGUACCGGGCAACGACGAGGGCGACACGAUCAGCAUGGAGGAACUGCAGAAAUCGAUCGAAGAUCGUUACUUCAACCUUCCAACCGAUGCCGCUACUGCUCAGGACGGUGGUGACGCAAUGACAGCGGCCGCUUCGGUCGCUUCUGAGCCUCAGGGUGAGAAGACGAGCAAGGUUAAGGCAGUCAUGACCAAGGCCCAGAACAGCGGCAAGCAGGCGAUGGCAAAGGCACAGGAAAGCGGCAAACAGGCGAUGGCUCGCGCCCAGGAAGGUGGUAAAACGCUGCAGAAGAAGUUCCAGCAGCAGACCGAUCGCUUCAAGACGAAGAUGUCCAACAUUAAGCUGAAGAAGGACAAGGAUGGGGCGGCACCACUCGCAAGCCCUGAGGUUGUAACGACACCCGAGUUGGAAAAGCUGGACUUUACGCUAGCCGUCCCGAAAGACGAAGAAGUGCCACAGCAACCUGCCCAAGAGCCGCAGGCCGAGGAGGAGACAACUGCUGCUGCGGAAGAAGCCGCAGAGGACGAAACAGGCCCAAUCAAGCCGGGCAGCAAACUUGGCAAGCUGAAGAACAUGCACAUGCCCAAGCUGCAGAAGCCCGACUUUAAGCGGCCCGAGUUUACCAAGAAGAUGCCGAAGCUGAAGGCACCCGAUAUGUCCAAGUUCAAGCGCCCCGAGAUGCCCAAGUUCCUUACCGAGAAGCCGGACUUUAGCAAGAUGAAGUCGGACUUUGCCAAGAUAAAGCUUGCGCGCAGCAAAUCCAUGAAGGAAGCGUCCCCAUCCGGUGCGACCAGUGCCGCCUCGCCGUCGGAUGCCUCGAUGAUGGGCGAUGCACCGACCACGAAGGUAAACUACACCGAUUUCAGCACGUACCCGCGCAUUUUCGACAAGUUUAAGCGCCAAAAGUCGGCCGGCCCCGCAGCGACGGGUGGACAGGCGGCUGGAGUUCGUGCGGGCACACCACCACCGCUCGAGUUUACCAAGUCGGCACCCAAGGGUGCGGCGUUGGUAUCGCGCUGGACGUCGGAAAAGUCGGAAGAUACUGAGAGCAACCGGUUCCUGCAGUACACGGGUAGUGAGCUGGAUGAGCGUGAAACGUCUGUGGAGCGCCGAAUGCGCCAGGAGCUCGAGCGGGCGGAGUUUGAGGGCCCCGAGCUGGCUGUAACGGAGGAGCAGAAGCAGCUAGAGGAGUACGAUAAGGAGAACCGUGAAAUUCAUCUCCUGUCAGCCGCUCGGCACGACGAGUUCCUGAAGCGCAAACCGCCGAUGGAGCGCCAGGAGUCGGAUCUAGCCUCCGAAGAGGAGAAACAGUUCUGGGCCAGCUCGCUGGGACAGAAGAUUCGCCAGAACAUCGACAUGAACAGCAACGAUCUGGACUUCCUGGACGAGGAAGAACGACUGCUGGUCGCCAAAGAGGACGCAGCGAUUGAUCAGGAGGCGCGCGAACAGGCCCGCUUCCUGCUGGAGUUGAGCAAGCAGCGUACGGAGAAGGAGUUGGAACGUCGCUCCUCCACACCGUACACCAACCAGGAGUGUCAGUCAUCGGGCAGCUCGAGUGUACGCCGCCGCAAGGGCGUACUCGAGGAGAUCGAUGACGAUGAGUUCUUCCUGCGCCAGAAGGGCAUCUCCAAGGAUAACAUCCAGAUGGGCGAGUACAUCAGCUCCGCGAUCAAGGAGGGCCUAAGCCACCCCAAGAACGCACUGGCCGACAUGGACCGGUACGAUUACUACGACGAGGAGGAUGACCAGGGUAUGCGCCGGUACUAUCAGCAGAGCUUCGAAUCGGACGACGUCUCCAACCAGCAGGCCGAUUACUAUCGCACCUUCCCGCCAGAUCGUCCCACUCGCAAAUCCAAGAAGCAGUCCGACCAGUCCGUACCGCACGCGGACGACCAAGAUUACGGGCUGGAGGAUGAGGAGCUGGAGGAGGAAGAUCUUUCGUUCUACGAUCGCCAGCGCACCAAGUACGGUAGUGAGCAGCCACAGCUUCUUCAAUCAGCCGCCGCCCGCUACAUGGACGAGGAGGACGACUCCCUGCUGGGUGGUUCACUGCCACGGCAGGCCAUGCUAGCCGGCACGGUCGUUCCGCCGACACCGCCAACCCGCCAUCGCAAGAAGCGCUUCCGCGAUGUGACGCCCUCGGACGUAGAACCACCAUCCUCAUUCACGAACGGCGGAUUUUCCGCGAAGUCCAUCUCCAAUAACUUCAUCUCCGGACCACCACCUCCCACGACGACGAUGGCUUACCGGGCCGAGGUGCCGCUAGCGCGCGAGGAAAGCUUCGGCACGCUGCCAGCACCAACGCCGCGCCGUUCCCGGUCUCGUUCGCAGAUCUCCAAAGCUCUCGACGACGAUGAUCGUGUUUCCCGCGGGGCGGAGUCACUGAUUGGUGGCAUUAUCGAUCGCCCACCGAUUCCCGGCAGGGAAGGCUAUUCUUAUGAAAUUUCCGAAUCGAAUGGCUACGCCACUGUACGGAAGGAAGCACCACCGCGUCCACCGGCACCUAUACGGCGCCGAAAGUCGACCCGCUCGCUUGAUGCGCCACCACCGCGCCAGUUCAACACGCUGCCGAACUACAAUCACUCGGUGUCGCCCGUCCGGCCGCAGCGCAACUACAGCACGAUUAACCCGAACCGUCCACCACGCAGGAAGUCCGUCACCAGCUUGACCGGUGAGCAGCAACUGAAAUCGUCCAGUCUUAGCAAGGACGACGUGGCGCAGUACGAGGACGUGAUCGCACCGGCACCACCGCUGGGACCGAAGCCUCCCCUACACUCGGGUGACGUGGCGAACCGGAUGAAGGAUCGCCCGCUACCACCACCACCGCGCCCCACGCGCAAACCACGACGCCCGGACGGUAGCGACCAUCACGAUCUGGACGGUGGAGCGGAACGCAUCAUACCGCUCACGGUGCCGAACGACAGCUCGAUCGACGAGGUCGAAACGGCCACCCAAACUGACCCCGUCUCGGAAGACUUCGGCUUCGACGCCGAAAUAGCGGCCGUAACCGAGCGUGCCGCCCGCGCCCACGAUGGCGACCAGCUGGAGGGAGCACUCAACCGCUUCCGCGAGGGCAACGCAAAGGCGCUGUCCGAGCGACCGAAGUCAUCGCGUUCGGGUAGCCGGCCGGAAACGCCCGCCUCCAUACUGAUCGAGCGCAAGGUGUCGACUCCUUCGCUAAACCACGAAUCGAUCGUGGAAGCCUCGCUGACGGUGCAACCGCUCGAGGAGUUCGACGACGACCAGUACAUCGCGGAGCUGGUCAAGAAGUACGUGUCGGACGAGCGCAAACCGGAACCGCGCCGGACGGACACGUUCGAGCGACGGUUCCGCAAGAGCACCAACAGUUUGACGCGCGAGGAUGAGAUCCGUCCUGUAGAGGCGGGCAACAGUCUGCGUACACCAACGAUGCGUUCGUCGCGCACUUCGGUCGAUGGACGGCUGUCAGCGACCACGCCCGAACCGCUGCGUAAUGUAGAAAUCGCACCGAACGUAAUCGAGGAGAUAGUGGAGCGUUUGCGCACGACCGAACAGCAGCAUAUCGAUGAGCUGCAUAAGCUGCACCAGGAGCAGCUGGAGGAUUUGCGCCGCCAGCACGACGAGCAGAAGCGGCUGCAGGAGCAGAAGUUGGAGGAGCAGCAACGGCAGCUGCUCGAGCAGCAAAACCAGCAGCUGCUCGAAACGCAACAGCUGAAGGAGCAGAUUCAGCAGCAGCAGGAGCACCAGAAGAUGCUGCUCGCCCAGCAACAGAACCAGCAGCAGCAGCUACUGGUUGCCCAGCAACAGCAGCAGCUGUUGAUGGAGCAGCAGGAGAAGGAGCGCGAGCUGCAGCGGGAGAAAGAGCGCGAGCUGUUGAAGGAGCGUGAGCAGGAGCUGGAGCGUGCUCGGGAGCGCGAGCGAGAGCUACAUCUAGCGCGGGAGCUGGAGUUGCAGCGUGCGCGCGAAAUCGAGCAGCAGAGGGCGCGCGAUCUCGAGCAGCAAAGGAUACGCGAGAUGGAGCUGCAGAGGACCCGCGAGCUGGAACAUCAGCGGCUGCGGGAGCUCGAGAUUCAGCGUGCGAUCGAGGCGGAACAGGCUCGCCAGCGGGAGAUUGAGCUGCAGCAGCAAAAGGCGACCGUAGCGGCAGCACAAGCGGCAUCGAACGGUCCUGCUGCUGAUGCGACUCUACAACAGGAUGGUGAUGUUAAGCUGGAAGGCCCAACGAACGCUGUUCCAGUAACUGCAGUUCCCUCAGUGGACGUAGUAGAUGGUGCAGCAGCAGCCCUACCAACCUCUGCAAGCCUGCCCUCCGAUCAAGCUCCGAUAAGACCACCACUCCCCCCGAUGGCAGCCCCAUUCGUGUACCAUCCCGACUAUCUGUCCGCGUCGGCCGCUGCCGCCUCCUACCUGCUGCGAGGCAUUCCGGGUUCGGAAGAGGACCUUGGACUGGCACCGUCGGCACCGCAGCGUCGCCGCCGCCACCAUCGCUCGAAGCGUGAGUCCACCUCGGAGGAAGACUUCCAGCGGGAGCAGCGCCGCCAUCGACACGGUACCCGCUCGCCCGAACCCUCCAUCCCGACGCUUGGCGGCCAGCUGGUGCGGGCGUGCGGUUCCUCCAUCCGCCAAACCGGUGACGACCUGAUGGCAAUGCUGCGCGCCAGCAGCAAGGACGAGAACAAGCGCGACCUGCACAUUGCCAUCAUCAUACUGAUCGUGAUCGUGGCCGGUCUGAUGGCGCUCGGCAUGAGUGGCGAGAAGGCGGUCCACCAUCACCACUGGGACUACUUUAGCCCGCCCGGACACGGUAGCAGUGCGUAGAGCGCGUUGCUGAGCCUUUGUCUGCUUGUUUCUUGACGAUAAACCUGUGUUUUAUUUUAACGACAAAUCUCUUUCCUUUUCCCCACAACACAACAACGAGCCCCCUCCCUCCUAACGUAGUCCACAAGUAAGCCGAGCCUGAUAUAGUAUGCAAUCCGCAUGGCAUGGUGUGUUCGAUGGGUUGCAUAUCUUUUAGGCGCUCGCUGUAUCUACUAGGUUUUUGUUACCAUAGAAGCACUCACUACAAGAAUGCUGCAUUUUUACACGCACGAACACACACACACACACUCACGUACCCAUACCGUUACAGUUGAAGCACAGUUGAAGCACACGCAGUCAUAGCUCCUCUCAUAGUGCACACGUGCAUGCACUUUUGUUAGAAGUUUACCAUUUACUUAGAGUUUGGAGUUAGAGUAGUGCAUCAGUGUUACUGUAUCGUUCGAACGAUCGAAAACUAUUCAGCCAGAAAGCCGUAAACUGCGUGCCAUCAUGUACGAUUAUUUUAAUUUUUUUUUGUGGUAUCGAAAUUCUAAGUAGGUGAAGUAGUUGUUGUUUUCCGAUAUACCGUUUGUUUGCUUGUAUUUCAACGCUCUAGUGGUAGUCGUUUGAACUGUUUCCUCACCCUAUUUUGUCUCGGUGGGGUAACAUUCUGAUGUUCUCUGCUCCAACUUUUCAUCUUUUCUGUUGUUUUAGUUUCAUCAGUUUCAACGAACACAUAAAACAAACGUUGUGUUUCGGUGAACCAGACGAGAGUUUGUGUCUAGUCAUAUAGCUUAGGUACUACUGCAAUGGAAGAUCCAGUUCAUUCAAUGGUUUUUAACUUCGAAAAAAGAACACAUGUUUGAAAGUUCUUCUUGAAGCCAUCAAAUCCAUUGUUCUAGCGAUUUGAGAGAUCGAAAGCUUAAAGCAAAUGAUAUAAAAAAGAGCAAACGAAUUUCGACGAAUUUAUGGAUCAUUAGCAAAAUUGAUUUUUUUACGUUAGUAACGUUAUCUCGUAUCAUGUUCUCCUUUCAACUAGUUGACUGUUUUGUUGUUUUAAGUUUCUGUUUUCUGGUUUAAUUUUUUUGUCGUCAUUUAUCUAUCUGUUUAGCCGUUACGAGUAGUGAGAGAGGAGGGAGAAUGAAGCAAAUAAGUUAUUGAACAAAUUCGAACACUUCGAGGGAGAAAAAGGGUGAACGUGUAAUUUUACAAGAAAAGAAAUAUAUAGUUGCAUUAUUGAUAAUCAAUCGA